CCUUCAGCAACACCCGUAGAAAGUUUCGGUAGCAACCUCUUCACGACCAUAGCCUUAAAUGACAGGAAAAUUCUAAAAAACUGGUGGAGGGAGGGAUUUAGAGUGCCAUUCAGCUCUAAAUAUUUGAAAUUAAUUAUCCCGACUGUAGAGACUCUCCAUCCAUGGAAAUGAUAUAGAACUGUCAAUCCAUGGCAGUUUACUGUCAUUACUCGCUAUUUUCGCGCUACUCCUUACCUUCAAUUUUUCCGGGGAAUCGUGAAAACGGAUGUAGGAAGAGUACAACAGUUGGUGUGAGAUGCAUAGCUAGCAGUAGUAAGGAACAGGAGAAGAAAAUAGCAGAACCAGUUAAACAAGAGGUCAAGAAGAAGGUGAAAAUAGUGGAACAAGUGAAACUAGAGCCGAAGCUUCAAUGCAAUUCAUACAGAAUGAAGCAGAACUGUUCAUGGAGCGGAGGGUUCAGCUUGGGCAUAGACCUGGGGCUGGCCAGAACAGGGGUUGCCGUCAGCAAUGGUUAUGCACCUCGCCCCGUUUCUGUUUUGGAAAUGCGAGGAGAGCCAUUGGAGCGUCGGCUCAUAGAGAUAGCCGAAAAAGAGGAGGUAGAUGAACUAAUUAUUGGGAUUCCAAAAUCAUCUGAUGGAACAGAAAAUGUUCAGUCCAAUAAGGUGAGAAGCAUUGCUGGCAGGAUUGCAGUUCGAGCAGCAGAAAGGGGCUGGAGAGUUUAUUUGCAGAAUGAAUAUGGGACAUCUGCAGAUGCUCUUGACUUAAUGAUAAAUAUUGGCAAAAAUAAGCGUGCACGUCAUGAAAAAAUAGAUGCAUAUGCUGCUGUGAUAUUAUUGAAACGUUAUUUUGAAAUGGCUGGAAGUGAGGCUGAGCUAGUGUGGCCAAAAGAUACUGCACUUCAGGAGAAGAUCCGACAACGCAAAGCAAUGUCACUCUUUGACGAUGAGGAUGGCUUUGAUUAUUUUACUCUUUGACAAUGAGGAUGGCUUUGAUUAUUUUUUCCUUCAGUUUGUUUAUUUUCAUUUGCCCAUUUGUGACAUGUGAUAAGUUUGUUUUCCAUGCCAAACAACUUGGAUUUGCAGUCUUUUUGCAAGGUUUGAUGGAAAUCAAAUUCUAGAGUGCUCUAGCAUUAUGCUUUAAUAAUUCUUUAUCAAAAAGUGAUCAUUGAGAUGA